AUGCUCUUAUUUUAUCAUGAUCAAAACCAUGCUACCUAUAAUAAUCUAACAAAGAGGUCUAUUUCUCAUUCCCCUGGUUCAAUCAUUGCGAUUGUAAAUAUGUGUGUAGGAUGGAGUAUUGCUGGUAUAAUGAGCAUUCACAAGUGGCAACGAAACAGAAAUGUUCGUCGUCGAUUACAAAAUGAUACUAUUUGUGCUGUAUCUUCUACAGAAAACCGAACAUCUGUUGUUGCUCCACCAAGUAUAGGAACUGUUCCCAGUGAAAUAACAAUGGAAACUACUCAAUAUAAUCCACCCCCAUCUCAACCAAAUGAUUCUGAUGUUCCAAAUGAUUUUGUACCUCCUUAUAGUGAAACACCACAGCAUGCCAACGAUAUGGGAUAUUACGAUAUAGAAGGAAAAUUUCAUAGAGUUGAUAGUUUCAAACCUCCUUCUUCUCCUCCAAUUGCAUAUACUAGAUAG